AUGUCAACGCUAUGCACAGUUGGUACAUCAACCGGUGGAACUCUUUCAUUCAGUGUUGUCCCCAUGGCCAUUCAUGAAAUGGGGGAUGGAUAUAGUUGGCUCGCUGCUAUCGGGUCCCAAAAAGUACGUGAAGUGGUCGACUUCCUAUGGGACCACAUCAUCUGCCGAUUUGGAAUACUGAAGGAGAUUUCCUGCAAUAAUGGACCACAGUUCAUAGGCUCAAAGGUCACAAAAGUUUUGGAAGAUUUGAAAAUCAAGAGGAUUACAUCCUCACCAUACCAUCCGAGCGCUAAUGGACAGGCGGAGUCAACCAAUAAAGUGAUUAUCCAUAACCUCAUAAAGAGUUUACAAGCUGUUAAAGGCAAAUGGCUCAAAGAGUUAUCGAGUGUGCUAUGGGCAUGCCAGACAAUGGAAAAAUCAAGCACGGGAGAAAUACCUUCCUCCCUUAUAUAUGGCAUGGAAGCUCUGAUACCGGUGGAAGUAGGGGAGCCAACUUUACGGAUUUCCCAAGAAAACGAAGAAGCAAACAAUGAGGCAAUGUUGGUGAAGCUGGAUUUGCUCGAUGAACACAUGGACUUGGUAUACGUAAGGAUGGUGGCCCAAAAGCAAAGAAUGGAAAGGUAUUAUAAUCGUAGGGCCAAUCUCCGCUACUUCAAUGUAGGAGACUUGGUUUUGAGAUAA